AUGGAUAAAAAUAACACAUUAUUAAAAUUAUAUGCUGCAUAUAAAAGAUGGGUUAUCAAUAAUCCCGGAAUUGUUACUGACGUCGAGACUGUUGCGACUUGGUCGUCAUACUUUAUUGCAGGAAAAAUAAACAAAUCACCGAUUGUGUCAGAGCUGGUAUACUCAGUUUCAAAGCUUGUUUCGUUGUUUAACGAUCGGUUGAUAAAAGACGCCUAUGAUAGUGAAAUUCCUUACUAUGGAUUAAGAGAACAGGUUAAGCUUUGGUUGACGGUAAUUCAUUACUGUGAGGUAUUUAUAGAGCUGGUUGUAAAAAACAAAUGGGGUAGCCGUGGGAAAUGGACAGCAGCUACAUUACUACAAGUUUUUAAAUGCUCGUCUGCCUUAAUUCUUUUAUACCGAUUUAAGGAACUACCCAUACAACACCCACCAAUACUUGCUUUGCAAAGGAAAAAGUUUAUGGAAGGUAAAGAUACUGAUGAAAAUACAAAUGCCUUUUUUACUCUUCGAAGGUCUGGUCGUAUUAUUCGACGUAUCGAUGGUGCACCCCCUGUUGCAUUACGUGAUUGGCAACCUAUUAAAAUCAAAGAAGACAAAAUGAAUAUAAACAGUGAAAUAAAUGACUUAGUCCAUGCCGAGUUAAUACACAUUCUGAAACCAUUGAUUCAUCUUGCAGCUAUGAGAUUAUUUGGUACUAAGGCAUGGAAGCAAUGGCUUAUUGCAUUAGGUCUAGAUUUAGCGAGCUUGAAACUAUAUAAUCGUCACAUUAAGGAGUUGUCUUAUGAACAAAGGUUGGAAAUCAGUCGUAGGAAAUUAUCUCUGAUACUUUAUUUAUUAAGAAGUCCUAUGUAUAAUGGUUAUUCUAAAAGUGUGAUUGAAAAUGUUCUUACUUCUGCAUCAAAUAAAAUAUCACUAAUUUCAUUUAUCUGCAAUCCUGUAAUCCAGUAUUUAAGUCAUUGGCAAGAUAUUUACUUUUAUAUGUGGGCAUCAUAA